GGUCCACCCACAUUUAUCUGUAUUGUACAAUACUACUAGUAGUACUAGGAACAUUAAAUCCUUCUAAUGUGUAAUGCAUACCGCCGACGUCACGCACCUCAUAUAUUUUAUACCUCUCAUACCUACACCGAACAAACAACCACCGCAACAGCUCACAAGCUGUCUGCGCGUUUCUACCUACGAUAAUGGAGUCUAUAUCUCGAAUAUCCAAUCUACUUGAGAGCGCUCGGGAGCUUACCCUCGAUGCUGCCCAAGCCGCCCGUAGCUCUCGUAGCACUACACGAUCCCUUCCUACGGCACAGUUAAAGAAGCUCUUAGACAGCCGAAAUGACCGCGACGUGCUCGACGGGCUACGGCGUGUCAUGUCUAUGAUGUACCGACAGCAAAAGACUCUACCCUUCUUUUCCUCUAUCGUCAAAAACGUCGCAUCGCCAAAUAUCGAGAUCAAGAAGCUUGUGUAUAUAUACCUUAUUCACCAUGCCGAACAAGAGCCCGACAUGGCCCUGUUAUCCAUUAAUACGAUCCAGAAAUCCCUAUCCGAUUCAAACCCCCAGGUCCGAGCCCUUGCCCUGCGAACCAUGUCCGGUAUUCGAGUCCCAGUUAUCAGCCAAAUCGUCUCGUUAGCCAUCAAGAAGGGAGCGGUCGACAUGUCUCCCCACGUGCGCAAGGCCGCUGCUCUCGCCAUACCAAAAUGCUAUCGCCUCGAACCAAGUACUCUCCCUCAGUUGUUAGAAUACCUGGCGACGCUCCUAGGCGAUAAGCAAUACUUCGUCGCAGGCGCUGCCGUCAGCGCUUAUAUGGAAAUAUGUCCUAACAGAGUCGAUAUGAUUCACAAGCAUUACAGGGGUCUCAUUAAAAAGAUAGUGGACAUGGACGAAUGGAGCCAGCUUGCUAUGCUAAGGAUGAUGUCUAUUUAUGCGCGGAAAUGUUUCCCAAGGCGGACAAGGAACGCUAAGACGAAGGAUAAGUCAGCCGACCUUCAAGACUUUUACAGCGAAGGCGCAUCAGUUUCUGUGCCAGAAGGAGAACAGGUGGUCUUCCUCGAUCCCGAUCUGGUCCUGUUACUCGUUGGGAUUCAACCACUGCUACAGAGCAGGAAUUCUGGUGUUGUAGUGGCCGUGGCGCGCUGCUAUGCGGAUCUUGGCACGCCAGAAUACACCAAGGCCGCCGUUGGACCACUGGUCGCUCUACUACGUGGAGCGCAGGACAUCCAGCAGCUCGCGCUAUACAAUAUAGUGUCUGUCUGUCUGGCACACCCAGAGUCAUUCGUCCAAUACGCCUCACACUUUCUUGUUCACGCUACUGAUACAGCUCCAGUAUGGGAGCUAAAGCUUGAAGUGCUUGCACUGAUCUUCCCCCACAGCCCCGUACAGACCAAGAGUCUCAUCCUCAAUGAGCUUGAGCAUUUCUCACGUGGAACAAACAAGGCUCUGGUUCGUGAAGCGGUACGGGCAAUCGGCCGUUGUGCGCAGGCAGAUCCGGCAACCGCGCCACGGUGUAUGCGGCUACUCUUAAGUCAAAUUACAAGUCUUGAUGGUACGCUUGCGGCCGAGUCUUUGACUGUAAUCCGACACCUCAUCCAACAAGAUCCUCGAUCACAUGUGAGUACUGUGGUACGUUUAGCGAAAAAUCUCGAUUCCGCAACAGACCCUCAAGCUCGCGCGACCAUCAUUUGGCUUGUUGGUGAAUUCGCGGGCUUGAAUGGCGAGGACAACAUCGCGGCAGACGUGCUUCGCAUACUUCUAAAGGAGUUUGCGGAGGAAUCCGAGGUUGCCAAGCGACAGAUCGUCCUCCUCGCCGCGAAAGUGUACCUACAUCAUAUCAACAGCGUCGCCGAAGCACAGAAAACAAGAGACGUGGAGAACGAAGAACCCCUCCCGAAUCCAGAAGACCACCCCAUAGCCCGAUUAUGGAAUUACGUCCUGCUGCUCGCCCGCUACGAUACAUCGUAUGAGCUGCGGGACCGCACGCGCUUGUACAAGGCCCUCCUGAAUGUGCCACAGCUGGCGACACUGAUGCUGCUCGCGCCGAAGCCCGCGCCCCAGGCACCCAGCCCGUCUGAGACACGCAAGGGCCUCAUGCUAGGUUCUUCCGCGCUGGUGCUUGCGGGUGGUGGCGGUGUGCACGGUCUCCGUGGGUACGACCCCCUACCCCCCUGGGUCGAGGAGGGCAAGGAGCCGGACCCGAAGCUUCGGCGCCAGGGUGGAGUAGGCGACGAGUACGGCGACGAGAAGAGGGCCGUUCCCGCAUCGCAGAUGCUAGGAGAUCAUGCGUCUAACCCACAUGGCGGUACUAGAAGUAACGGGUUCGGGGCAGCAGCAGCAGGCGCUGCGGCGGGUACUGGGGCCAAGACUCUAGAUGACUGGCUUGCGGAGGAUGAGGAAGAAGAGGAGGAUGACGACGACGAUGAUGAUGAAGAGGAAGAACUUGAAGAUGCUCGAGAGGAGAUAGAAGAGAGCGAGGAAGAGGAGAGUGAGGAGGAGGAGGAAGAGGGAGAGAGCGAAUACGAAACGGAUGGGUCGAAAGCUGAGCUUGAGGGGUUCCUGAAUGCCUAGGUCCUCUUUCAUUGUUCGAACAACGACUUUACUUCGAAUUCUUGGUUUGCAUGGGUAGUAGGCGAGCGAGGAUGAGGCAGGGUAUGCAGAGAUUAGAGAGUUUGAACUGCAUUGGGACUGGCUGGCUGCAUUGGGAUGAGACGACUUCAUAUACAUUACGGAGGUAGAUGCCUACGAUAUAAAGGGGUUGUUAACGGUUAGAGUGCCAGCUGCUUACGGGGUUACUGACAGGUUGGUAUUUGGCCGAUGACAAUGAGAAGCAAUACAAUUUCUCAUAAAUAUCAUACCUAGUAGAUGCUUAGUAUGUGCAAACUACAUCUUAGCACUCAAAUGAUGUUAAUGGCAUUCGGUUACCGAUGAAGUUACGUUAAUUACAAGUUAAGUAUGUCGAGAUGAAACACCUACAUCGACAUGAUAUAUAUUUCUUGAUAAUGCCAAUAAACAAAUCUAAAAACCAGACCAAAACCAUAGACGCAAGUCUUUA